AUGGAGUCUGAGGAACCUUUCAUUUAUACUGCGGUUUAUGCUUCAAACUUGGAAGAAGAGAGAAGAGCUUUGUGGGUUUCUUUGAAGGAUUCUUUUGUUUCCUUUGGUUUGUCUGAGAAGGCAUGGUUGGUUAAUGGAGAUUUUAACGAAAUCUUGCAUCCCCUUGAGUCGUCCAAUGUUAAUCUUCAUAGAACUACUCGAGGGAUGAGAGAUUUCAUGGAAGGUCUUGUGUCUGCUGAGAUUUUUGAUCUUCCGUUUCAUGGCCCUCGCUUCACUUGGUCUAACCACCGUCUUGAGGAGCCAAUUGCUAAAAAGUUGGAUCGAUGCCUUGUGAAUGGGUCCUGGCUUUUUCGUUUUCCAGCAGCGCAUUGCUCGUUUGAGCCCCCGGAUUUCUCUGAUCAUUCUCCGGGUUUAAUUCGGUUUAAUACUCCACGUCCAUCGUUUGGUACCAGACCAUUCCGGUUUUUUAAUCUAAUGACCAAAUAUCAGAGUUUUGUGGGAACAAUCUCUCGCUCUUGGAAUGAAGCACGGCCUUCAGUGGGUUCACUUCGCGAUUUCUGUUUCAAGUUGAAGCAGAUGAAAAGGCCUUUGAAGUCGUUGUUCAAGGAGAAUUAUAGCGAUAUAGAGAGAAGAGUUUCGGAAGCUGCUUCUUGUUUAUCUUCUCUGCAGUUGAUUUCCUUAAAUGAUCCUUCUCAGGCAAACAUUCGAUUGGAAUUAGAGGCCAAAGAUUAUUGGAUGCGAUUAAGAGUAGCAAAGGAGAGUUUUUUUAAGCAUCGCUCUCGUAUCAGGUGGUUAGGUGAAGGGGAUCUUAAUAAAAGAUUCUUUCAUUCGGUUACCAAGGUGCGUAAUGCUUCGAAUGGUAUUAAAUAUCUUCUUCGGGGUAAUGGAAUGAGAACCUCUUCGCUGCAAGAAGCACAUGAAUGGGCGGUGGAAUAUUAUCAGUCCUUUCUCACCACUAUUAGAGGUAUGUAUUGUCCGGAUCUACCUCGCUUUUUGGCAACCCUUGUUGAAUCUACUUGCUCUACUCUUCAACAAGGCUUCCUUUCUUUGCCAUUCAACUCGGAGAUGGUUCGAAGAAGCUUAUUCAAAAUGCCAUUAAACAAGACGCCUGGCCCUGAUGGUUUUCCUGUGGAAUUCUUUAAAGCCUCAUGGGAUGUUGUUGGCCCUGAAUUGGAAGCUUCGGUGCUGCAUUUCUUUGAAUCAAGUUUUAUGCCCACGUCUUUAAACUCUACUUCGUUGGUGCUUAUUCCUAAACGACCUGGUGCAGAGGAGCUUAAGGAUUUUCGUCCUAUUGCAUGCCUCAACACUUUAUACAAGGUUAUUACCAGGCUACUGUCGGAGCGUCUUAAGAAUGUUUUGCCUGGAAUUAUUCUUCCUAAUCAAACGGCGUUUGUGAAGGACCAGCUUCUUUUGGAAAAUGUUCUUCUCGCUUCAGAGAUUGUUCAGGGAUAUCAUAGAGAAGGAUUUGAGAAGCGGAUCACUCUUAAAGUGAAUAUUUCUAAAGCUUUUGACUCAGUACGAUGGGACUUUCUUCUGAAUGUUCUUGAGGCUUAUCAGAUCCCGUCUGUUUUUCUCAACUGGGUUAAAUGCUGUGUGUGUUCUCCAUCAUUCUCAGUGAGUAUGAACGGAGUUACCUCGGGUUACUUUAAAGGAAAAUCAGGUUUGCGUCAAGGGGACCCCUUAUCACCUAUCUUAUUUGUGAUGAUCAUGAAUGUUCUAUCUCUCAUGCUUAAUAAGGCGGCUAGAGAAGGACUCUUUGCUUAUCAUCCAGGCUGUCAGGAGCUUUAG